UCCGACUAGUUUGGGCUUCAAUUCAAUUCCCUGAAGCAGACGUUAAAAGGUUCACGAAAGAUUCCCCAAAGCAUCAAUGGCUGAAGCAAAGGCUAAGGAGCUCGUUUCAUCCAACCCUGUCGUCGUAUUCAGCAAAUCGUAUUGUCCUUUCUGUGUGGACGUGAAGAAGUUGUUGACUGAGCUUGGAUGUUCGUUCAAAGCUAUUGAGCUUGACAAAGAAAGUGAUGGAAGCGAGGUACAAUCGGCAUUGUAUGAAUGGACUAAACAACGAACUGUGCCAAAUGUGUUUAUUGGCGGCAAACACAUCGGUGGCUGUGACAGUACCAUUGGCUUGCACCAAGGAGGGAAGCUCGUUCCCCUGCUGACUGAAGCUGGAGCAAUUGCAACCAAAUCUUCUGCCUAAAGAACUAUGUUCAUGGUAUCUUUACUAGCAGUAUAAUAAAUUAAAUUUCUGAACUUAUGUUUAUGUGUAUUUGUUCCUCAACUUUAUCGUGUUUGUAAAACUGAUGGCAUUUGUUGCAUUUCAAUGGGUUAGGUUAGACAUUAUCACAAC